AGGAACCGUUUGUUUAUUAUUUUUGUUAUUAAUAUAUGGAUAACCUGUGACUGUGAAUAUAUCAAUCAAUCAAUAAUUUCAACCAACCACACACACAAGCACGCAAAUCCUGAAACGGAAAUAUGAAUGCUACUGUUUUCGUCACUUACAAUCACCAAACAACAACAUCAAUAGGAUGUUAUAAUAAUAAUUAUUCUAACAACAAUAACAAUUACAAUAGCUUCAGCAGCAGCACCAUUUCCUUCACCAUUUCCAAAUCCUCUAAAUCUGUCCAAAUGAAACGACGCAAAAAUAUUAAAUUUAAACCUCUUUCGUCGCAGUCGUCGUCUUCCGUCACAUCUCCGGCUGAUCCGCCUGUUACUCCAACCAAACCAGAAGAGAAUGUGCCGAGAAAGGGGCCUGAUCUGCCAACGCUGUUCAGGAGAUUUUAUAAAGUGGCUGCACCAUAUUGGUUUUCAGAUGAUAAAGUUCAAGCAAGGAUACAAUUGGCAUCAGUGUUUGCUCUAACUUUAGGAACUACUGGAAUUAGUGUCGGGUUCAAUUUUCUGGGUCGUGAUUUCUAUAAUGCACUUGCUAAUAAAGAUCAAGAACAGUUUACCACACAACUAACGUACUACCUUGCUGCUUUUGCUGGUGGAAUUCCGAUCUUUGUGUUUAGAGAUUAUGCAAGAGAAACUCUUGCUUUGAGGUGGAGAUCUUGGAUGACGAAGUAUUACAUGGAGCGUUAUCUCAAGAAUCAAACGUUUUACCAGAUACAGUCUCAAUCCAUUAUUGAUAACCCUGAUCAACGGAUUGUUGAUGAUUUGAGUUCUUUCACGGGAACAUCACUUUCAUUCUCUUUGACCCUCUUUAAUGCCAUGGUGGACUUGAUAUCUUUCAGCAACAUACUGUUUGGCAUAUAUCCACCUCUAUUUGUUGUUCUUAUAGUAUAUUCGCUUGGUGGAACAGCCAUCAGCAUUUUCCUUGGGAAGGGCCUGGUCAACCUGAAUUUUAUGCAAGAGAAAAUGGAAGCAGAUUUUCGUUAUGGGCUUGUACGUGUUCGAGAAAAUGCCGAGUCAAUUGCGUUUUAUGGUGGCGAGGAAAAUGAAAUUAAACUUCUUUUGCAGCGGUUCAGUAGUGCUUUCGGAAAUUUAACUCAAUUGUUGAUAUCUUCAAGAAACCUCGAGUUUUUCACCAGCGGUUAUCGCUACUUGAUUCAGAUUCUUCCUGCUGCAGUUGUUGCACCCAUGUUCUUCUCUGGAAAGAUUGAAUUUGGUGUUAUAAAUCAGUCUGUGUCUGCUUUUAAUCAUAUUCUUGGAGAUUUUUCCCUCAUCGUAUAUCAAUUUCAGGCUAUCAGUGCCUUUUCAGCAGUCAUUGAUCGAUUAGGGGAAUUUGAUGAUGUCUUGGACAGCACCAGUUCUAAUGGUCCUGUGGAAGCUUCAGAUGAGAUUCAAUUAACAUAUUGCAGUGUGAAGGACUCGCCGAAGCCCAUGAAAGUUCUAGAGAUCCAAAAUCUGUUGGAGAUUGAGAGUUUGACCGUACAGACUCCCACAAAUAAAGCCCUGCUCAUCAGGGAUUUGUCACUGGAAGUCUGCAACAACGAACAUUUGCUGAUUACUGGACCAAGUGGGAGUGGGAAAACAUCUUUGUUAAGAGCCAUUGCUGGUCUUUGGCGUACUGGUAGUGGAAAGAUCACAUUUUAUGCUAAAUAUGCACCAGAUGUGGCUCAUAAUGAAGAAACCAUAGUGGAUGAAAGUAAGGUUGGCGAUAAAAUAUCAAAAUACCGGGAUUUUAAAGGUGUAUUUUUCCUUCCCCAAAGGCCGUAUAUGGUUUUAGGAACCCUUCGGCAACAGCUGCUUUAUCCCACUUGGCCUGAUGUUUCAGAUUCUACUCCACAUGACUCCAAAAUUACUGAUUCAGUGGUUUCCCUUGAUAAUGUUAGCGCACGAUCUCAGCAGCCUACUACAGAUGAUUUGAUCCAAGCUUUAGAAGAUGUGCAUCUUGGCUUUUUGUUGUCACGUUUCAGCGGUCUAGAUACAAUCAAUGAAUGGUCGAGUGUUCUCUCCCUUGGUGAGCAGCAACGGCUUGCGUUUGCACGUUUGUUGCUCUCUCGACCAGACCUGGUUCUUUUGGAUGAAUCAACAAGUGCUCUAGAUGAAGCCAAUGAGGCUCGCUUGUAUGAAAAAAUUAAUGCAGCAGGAAUUACAUAUAUAAGUAUUGGCCACCGGACAAGCCUUCUUAAAUUCCAUAAAAAGGCUUUGCGGAUCUCACCGGUUGAUGUGGCCUCUAACCAGCCAAAUUGGUCUAUAGAAUCCUUGUAGAGUUGAACAGCAAUUCUUGAACGGAUAUUUAGUGUUCAAAACCAAUUCUUGUUGGUGCAGGGUCGAUUAUUGUUUACAGGACAAAGACCACCAUGAUUAAUUACAUGGUUUUGAAUUAUUCCUGAGAGUAAUUGGUCCGCGUUCCGUGAUCAUCUAGAAGAUUGAUGGUCAUAACGACCCUAAAGACAACUGAUAGGUUCUUAUACUUUUGUGAAAUUUGCUGUUUAUAUUCGUAAUCGUUAAAUGGCAUUGUAUGUUGUAGUGAAA